AUGUCCUUCUUCGGCCGCAACCGCAAUCCCCGCCAAAUCCGGCGCUCGCCUACACCAGGCCGGGAGGGCUCGUCGCCUCCGUCACCGAGCUACUACGAGCCUGGCGACGGACAGGAUGGAGGAGCAAACAGCAACAGCCUCGUCCCUCCCACCCUCCAGAAGAAGCCUCCCCCGCUGUACCUGUGCAGCCCGUUCGCCGAUGCAGCACUCGUCAAGGGCAACUUUAAGACGAUCGUCAUGCUCCCCAAGUAUGUCGAUAUCAUGGAGUGGGUUGCUGUCAACAUCUACGACUUUUUCACCAACUUGAACGAGUUUUAUGGGUGCAUCGCCGAGACGUGUACUGCUCAAUCGUGUCCUACGAUGUCGGCUGGUCCUUCAUUGAAUUACCUAUGGACAACCCGCGAAGGCAAACAAGUCUCGCUCCCCGCCCCGACGUACAUCGACUACGUCGUCACAUCCGUCCAACAACUCCUCGAAGACGAGAACGUCUUCCCCAACAACGCUAACCACGCAUUCCACCCGUCCUUCCCCUCCACCGUGAAGACAGUCUACCGCCAACUCCUCCGCGUCUUCGCACACAUCUACCACGCCCAUUUCGGCGCCAUCUUGCACCUCAGAUCCGAACCCCACUUCAACUCCCUCUUCGCCCACUUCCUCGCUUUCGGCCGUGAAUACCAGCUCCUCGAAAUCAGGGAUAUCAAAGGAGAGGUGAACAGUCCUACUGUCGGUGUUGGCGCGCUUUGGGAGAGGUGGAAGGAGAAGGGGAUCUUGGCUGAGUAG